ACAAGAAGAAAAUGCACUUACGUACGUCAUUCUUCUUGACAAUCCCUGCAACUGAACUGGUAAGACGAUCGCUCUUCUUACCUGUCUCACAAGCUGCAGAAAGUGUAUCAUAUCGUGCUUGGCGCAGUUGAUACUUGACGACUCAGCACUGAAAAUGGCUUUCAUCAAGGAAUUCCUCCAACAGACCGUUUAUCUGGGGCAGGAUGAUUCUGCCAUGUCUUUUCAAGGCACAGUGGUUCCCUGUGUACAGUUCAGCCCGAGCAGUGAUGCUGCCAUUCUGGACAAGGCGAUCAAAGCCAAAGGUGUGGAUGAGACCACCAUCAUCGAUGUUUUGGUAAAAAGGACCAACGCUCAGCGUCAGCAGAUCAAAGCUGCCUACCAGCAGGCCAGUGGCAAGCCUCUGGACGCAGCUCUGAAGACGGCCCUCAGUGGGAACCUGGAGGAUGUCGUACUGGCCCUGCUAAUGACCCCAGCACAGUUUGACGCCCAGGAGCUCAAACUGGCCACUAAGGGUCUUGGCACAGAUGAGGACACCUUGAUUGAAAUUCUUGCCUCCAGGACCAACAAGGAAAUCAAGGAGAUAAAGCAGGUGUACAAAGAAGUUUACAAGAAGGAACUGGAGGACGACAUCAAGUCCGACACGAGUGGUGACUUCAGAACAGCCCUGCUUGCUCUAUGCAAGGCUGCCCGAAGCGAAGGCCCGACAGUGAACGAGGAUCUUGCCGAUAAAGACGCAAGAGCCAUGUAUGAAGCUGGUGAGAAGAGGAAAGGAACUGACUGUUCCGUCUUCAUCGACAUUCUUACCAGCAGGAGUGCCCCGCAACUGCGCAAAACGUUUGAAAGGUACACAAAAUACAGCAAGUCGGACGUGGCCAAAGCUAUCGACCUGGAGUUGAAGGGUGACAUCGAGGCUUGCCUGAUAGCCAUCGUGAAGUGUAUUGGAAACAAGCCUGCAUUCUUUGCUGAUAAACUCAACCUGUCAUUCAAGGGAUCUGGCACAAAGGCCAAACUCUUGACUAGGAUCAUGGUCAGUCGCUCCGAGGUGGACCUGCAAAAAAUCAAGGAAGAGUACAAAAAGAAAUAUGGGAAGACCCUCUACCAGGACAUUUUGGAUGACACCCAGGGAGAUUAUGAGAAGAUCCUGCUGGCUCUUUGUGGAUCUAACAACUGAUUUACUCUUGAGUGGGUUUCUUAAUCCUGGUCUUGGUGUCUCUGUUACUUUUAAGUUAAAUGUCAAUUUUAAUGUUCAGUGCACAAAUUAUUCAGUUAUGGGAGCAUAGGCACACUUCAAGAAAAUGAAAGAACUCUUGACUUUUCCAUUUAAAAAGAUCAAUGACUGAACACUGCAGCCAGAUAUUCUUUUGAAACCUAUGCAAUUACAGGUGUAACUAGCUGUAGUUCUAGACUCUAUUUAGGGGGGCUGCCUGUGUUUUUUGCUUCAGCCCACUCAGAAAUAGUUCUUCUAAAACCAUUUAGCGAUUUGUCCUGGAUUUUCAUAAACAUUUCCUACCCCCGGCUCUGCAAAUUUAUCAUGGGGAUCCCCUCCUCCUUUAAUCAUGAGGGGGUGACGGCCCGUAUUUGUUCAGUGAGCUGAACCUCCCCAAGAGUGAAAUCCUAGAAUAGCUCCUGGUUACAGGUACUGUACUGUUCAACCAGCAAACACAGCAUGAGCAAUGUAUGAGAGUGAGCCCUCAAUUAAAUGUAAGCAUUUGAACCGUCCCUUUCAUUCAGCCUGCUCAAACCGAACAGAAACAUUAUGAACAAAUCACAACUGAGAAAUCCUGAUUAGAAUAAGGCAAUUUGUCUUACUUUUCUUAUACUAUGUAUGCGCACAACACCCUUAUGUAUUAGACAGGAUUGAUUAAUGACUGGGAUUCCUGUAUGAAAAUAAACAGCUUUAACAGCAA